GCACCACCGCGCACAACGCUCUCCACGUUGCACGGAGAAGCUCUUCUGUUUAUCACAGCAAUAAACCUCUUUUAUCGAGUAAAUCCAGAAGGAUGGAGAGCGAGCAGGAGCGUGCGGCUGCCGUCGCGCAGUUGAAGUCGAUCGUCGGGCUGGACGAUAAGGGCGCCAAGGAUCUGUCCACCAAGCAGGAGCGCGUCGCGGACCUGCUGGCGUUCUUCGCUCAGCACAACGUGGGCGAGAGCUCGCCGCGCGACCACAAGGUCAUGCUCUUCAGCGUGUGGACGAAGGUGAAGAAACCGGUCCACCGCGACCCCGUCGCCAGCUUCGUGCUCGAGGGCAAGCUGGACAGCACGCAGAAGGUGGACGCCGCCAUCAAGUUUGUGAACGCCUCCGAUGCGGACGAGGUCGAUGCCGCGGCCAUGUCAGCCGAGUGCGGCGUCGGCGUGGAGGUGUCGGAGGCGGAGGUGGAGAACGCCGUCGCUGCGGCCCUCGCUGCGGAGGACAAAGGGACACUCAAGACGAAGUGGGAGAAGAAUGAGAAUAUGCUGCUGGGCCAGAUGCGCCGCGUUGCCGCGUUGCGCUGGGCCGACGUCGAGCACGUGCGUGCGGCGCUCAAGAAGCUCGUGCCGGAGCUGAUCAAGAACGUCGUGACGGAGACGGCGGCGCCGGCCGCGUCGGAGGCGAAGGAGGCGGCGGAGGCGGCAGAGGCGGCUGCGAAGAAGGAUGUGAAGGUGUGCCCGCAGAACGCCGACUUCCGCGUCGUCGCGCAGGGCCUCCCCCGCUCCCCGAUCGGGGAGUUGCCCUCGCACAAGGAGGGCACCUCGCUUUACAUCAUCGGCUGGGCCCACCGCGUGCGUCACCAGUCCCGCAUGUCCUUCGUGGUGCUCCGCGACGGGUCGGGUUUCAUUCAGUGCGUGUUCGACGGCGCCACGGAGCCCUUCCACCGCGAGUCCUGCGUGGCGAUCCGCGGCACCCUCAAGUACGAGCCGAAGGCGAAGUCGGAGCUGCAACCGCCAAUGGAGCUGCACGUCGACGAGUACGCCGUUGUGGGCCCGUCGGACGGCGCGAUUGAGACGAUCAUCACUGCCGAGAGCUCCGUGGAUAAGCUGUACGACCAGCGCCACAUCGUCCUGCGCGGCUCGGUGGCGCCCUCGGUGAUGAAGGUGCGCCACGAGCUGCUGCGGGCCUUCCGCGAGUACUUCUGGUCCCGCAAGUACUACGAGGUGACGCCGCCGACGCUCGUGCAGACGCAGGUGGAGGGCGGCUCGACCCUCUUCGACGUGCUCUACUAUGGCGAGAAGGCCUUCCUGACGCAGUCCUCGCAGCUGUACCUGGAGACGGCGACGGCGUCGAUGGGCAACGUGUACUGCAUCCUGCCGAGCUACCGCGCCGAAAAGUCUAAGACGAAGCGGCAUUUGAGCGAGUUCACCCACAUGGAGGCGGAGUACGACGUGUGCACGUUUGAGGACCUGUUGAACCAUCUGGAGGACAUGAUCUGCACGGUGGUCCGCACCGUCGUCGAGCGCGCGGGUGACUUAAUCGCCAUGUUGAACCCCGAGCAGCUGAUCAACCCGGCCGGCAACCUUCACGACCCGGCGAACUACAAGUUCACGCCGCACCGCCCUUUCCGCCGUCUGCGCUACUCCGACGCGAUCAAGUUCUGUAACGCGAACGGCAUCCUGAACACGGAGACAGGCAAGCCCUUUGAGUUUGGUGAGGACAUCACCGACCAGCCGGAGCGUGCGAUGGUGGCGAAGCUCGGCGAGUUCGUCCUCAUGACCCACUUCCCUGCUCAGAUGAAGUCGUUCUACAUGCAGCGCGACCCUGAAGACAACACGUUGACGGAGUCGGUGGAUGUUCUGGGCCCCGGCAUUGGCGAGAUCGUGGGCGGCUCGAUGCGUAUGCACAACUACGAGGAGCUGAUGGAGGCGUACAAGCGCGAAGGCCUCGAUCCCUCCACCUACUACUGGUACACGGACCAGCGCCGAUUCGGUGGGGCCCCGCACGGCGGCUUUGGCCUCGGUGUGGAGCGGCUGCUCGUGUGGAUGUUGAACCUGGAUAGCGUGAAGGACGCCUGUUUGUUCCCGCGUUACAUGGGCCGCUGCAAGCCGUAA